UGCCCGGUCCACUACACUACACUGAUUUUAAUUGCGAACGAACGCUUUUCCAUGUGUUUACACUUGCCGUUUUAGCUUCGACAUUGUAUCAUCGUGUCAUAAGUUUAAUUAAAAAAAGCAAAAAGUCUCGAGUACUGAAAUGUGAAAACAUUAACUGGGAUGUUCUAGUUAGCGAUCCGGGACCGCGAGUCGCUGAUUCAUUUGUUAGAACGGGUAAUGAGUGGAGACGUAGAUGCGCAUCGUCCUCGUCCCUUGUCCGGGGGAUUGUGGUCACUGCUUUCCUGGCUCCGACGUGACGAUCCUUCUUUGUCAAUUGAAAGUUUGUCAAGUAUAGGAUCUGAUAGAACCACCGCUAGUUUUGCUUUUUUAACUCCCGAGCACUAUCGUAUAGGAAAGAAGCCAACAGUCCUACCACCACCUGGACCUCCCACCGAUUCGUAUAAAAGGAGAGUUCAUGAUCGCAAUUUGAGAUUUAAACAUGAUUACAAUCUAACGCUACAUCGUAAAUACGGACUUCACAAGAGUCAAGAGAGUUUAGGAUACGACACGUUUAGCCUUCCACCUUAUAAGAAAUCAGACAAUCUAAGCAACGCCGGAAGAGACCGCAGGGCUGCUAGCGAGGGCUUACAUCGCCGUGCCGUGCACGUACCAGGGAAGAGACGCGCGCCUCCACCUCCAAUACGAGCUUCAUCCCUGGGUCCUUCAACAUCACUCACUAGAAAGUCCAGAAAACGACCAGCACCUUUACCACCGCCUAUCGCCUUUACAACGAUAGACAAAAUAAAGACUGAUAAAAAAGUCAACUCUGAACCAUCGAUGAAUACUAAUUCAGAAAAUGAUGUGAAAUUAUUGAAAGCGAAUAUCAAUUUAAUGGAAUUGAAAUCUCAAAAACAUAGCAAAACAGAAAGUAAUGUAAAAGAAACUCGCCCACGGUCGGAGAAGAAUUUUUUAAAACACAUAUUCGAAAGCAAAAAGAGGCAUUCCGUUGAAACAGCUUCCAUUAGACUAUUACCUAGUAUCAGCGAGUUGGACAAGCAAGCCGCUGAAAUAAUUAAGAAUGACAAACUAAAAGGGUCUCAAAACUGUUCAGAUGAAACAUCGUUACAAACUUCCGGCGAUGACAUGUGGAUAUGUACCAUUUGUUUUAGAAAAUACAAGGCGUCAACUCCCAUAUGUAUUAAUUGCCCAGCUCCAAAAAAUACCAUAAAUACACAUUCUACUGCACUAGAAGGAUCCAAAAAGGUUAUUCCUAAUGCUUCCGAUAUAUACACACAAACAGAUUAUGAUAUUAAACCAUCAUGUAGUAAAAAUAAUAAAAGCGAUGAAAGGCAAAAGCUAAAAGAAAUGUUGAAAGAAAUGAAAGAUUCUCUUCCAAAGAAAAUGAAAUAUAACCAUGAUAAUCAAUUGCCAAACAACAUUUCUGUAGAAAAAUUAAAUGGAACAGACUUAAGUACCACCACUCCAACUUUGCGCAUAGGUACUUCAAACGAAAAACUUGCAACUUCAACUAAACCUGAAACAAUACAAGAAACAAAAAAAGAAAUACAAUCGAUAGUAAUACCCACAAUUCGAACAAUACAUCAGUCAGAGUUACCUUGUACAAGUCAAAAACUGCUGGGUGAUGAUCUGAAACAAACAAACAAUGUUAAAAACACAGAAAAUCUUGCGACACCUAUAUUUAAAGAAAUAAUACCAAAAAAUGUUGUCACUCACCAAUUUGAUUUGAAUACCCCGCUAAAAAUUUCUUCGCUGUUAAAUCCUGUAAAUGUAACAAAAUCCGAGAACAUUGCGGUAACAUCAAAAGAGUUACAAAAUGAUAAAGUUACAAAAAGUACACAGAGCGAAAGACUCCUGAAAACACUAAAUAAUGCAGCUAAAGAGGACGUAAAAUCAGCUUUGGAACAACGCUCUGAAUCUGUAAAAGUAGAGGGCACUCGAAAUCAUUUAAAAAUUUCAAAAGAAACGUUGAUAGAGCCCAAAGUUUUUCGUAAUGAUAUGAAAAAUAUUGAAAAAGGAUUGCACGAUUCAAAUAAAAAAAAUAUUCAGAAAACUAUCAAUGAAAAUGAUAAAGAAACUCCAGUUCCUUCAACCAGUGCGGUCGCUUCAACAUCCAGUAACUUUAGUAAUAAUAUUAAACACGUUGAAAAUAUAAAUCACCAUUUGAAGCGGCGUGAACUUAUUAAUCAACUCGAAAAAUCAAUAGCGAACGGAGAUGAACAAGCAGCGGCGGAUGCUGCAGCCAAAUUAGCUCAGUUACGACUAUCGUGCUCUGUUUUAUCUUUUUCUUCUCAAAUAUUUAGUGAGUCCAGAAACUUAAAUCCAAACUGCACCGGAGUAGUAACAAUUCCUGUUGUUAAUGAUGCCAAUGGGCAAGAUAAAAAGGAUAAUCUGCCCUCUCCAUUCGAACUUAAAUCUACAGUCGCCAACAACAAACAAUUAAUUAAAGAAAAACAAUCCGAACCCGUUAAUGAGACAACUGCACGAAACACGCAAAAUGUUGGAAAAGGAAUUGAAAAACCAUUAUGUACAGCAGCAAAUCCCAACGAAAGCAAAGUUAUAAUAAAGGUGUGGGUUGAAGACCGAGAAGCAACCCGUGGACCAAUUAACUUAAACAUCGGAAAGAGAAAUGUUUUGGCUGAUUUGCGUCGAGAAGCUGAGAAGUCCCUCGGUAUCCCUACUAAUUUGCAACGUUGGAUCAUUGGACGGACCCUAUGCAGCGAUAAUAAUACUCCGCUUUACACUUUAGCUGGCCCAGAGCUUAAGGCUCCUUUUUAUUUAUGUUUAGUAAAGUCAGAAACGAAAACAUCUACAGAAUUAAAAAACGAUAAGACGGAAACUUCCACAACCAAGAAAGAAGUUCACGAAUCAGUCAAUGUAUACAAUGAGUUAGUGCAACUCGAACAACAGGCGUUGAUAGCGAACACAGAAAAAUUCGAAUGUGGUGUUUGUUUGGAAGAAUGUGCUCCAGGGAAUGGUGUAAUAUUGCGAGAGUGUGUACACUCGUUUUGUCGAGAAUGCUUAACAGACAUCGUACGUCAUAGCGAAGAACCGGACGUUUCAUGUCCGGCGGUGGCUUGUCGCAGUUUACUACAAGAGCGUGAAAUCCGCACGUUAGUAUCCUCGGAAGAUUAUGAAAAGUGGUUGGCUCGCGGUUUAGCCGCGGCAGAGAAUGGCACGCGGAACUCAUUCCACUGUCGUACAAGAGACUGCACGGGAUGGGCUCUCUGCGAGCCGGGCGUGCGGCAUUUUCCGUGUCCUGUGUGCAAAAAAAUCAACUGCGUACCUUGUCAGAGUAUUCAUGAAGGCGAGACAUGCGAACAACAUCGAGUCAAGCUGGAGUCUAUAUCGAAUGCCAAUCCUGACCACACAGACGACAGUACAAGAGCUUUACUUUUAAAUUUAAUAAAGAAAGGCGAAGCUUUGGAAUGUCCGGAAUGCAAGGCUAUUAUUACGAAGAAAUGGGGAUGCGAUUGGGUCAAGUGUUCAGCAUGCAAAACAGAAAUAUGUUGGGUAACUCGCGGCCGACGGUGGGGCCAGGCGGGGCGUGGCGACACAAGCGGCGGCUGCCGUUGUGGCGUUGAUGGGAAAAGAUGCCAUCCAUCAUGUGGAUAUUGUCAUUAAAUGUUGAUCAUAACAGUCUGUCCGAUUAUUAAUUUUAUUAGAAUGUAUGGUAUGCUGGCUCGCUCUACUAGUGCUAAUUAGGACAUCUGUGGCUCGUAUUAAAGCCGCUAUUGUUGUGUAGCUCUAUUUGCCUGCCUUCGUGUCUAUGUUUCCGCUGAAGUACACGCGGCCGGGUUGAUGUUAAUACCCCAGUUCUUGACUUCAACUAAGCUCAUGCAUCGCGGCUCGCUUAUAAAAAAAUGUACAUUGAUGAUUAUGUACAAAAUAAUGUAUACAUUAUAGAUAAACAUUCAAAUCCCAGAACAUAUUUCCAUCAAUCAAAAUAUUAUUUACUUCAGCUUUUAAAAAUUACAAGACUUCAUGAACAAUGGGCGAGUGACUUCGUCUGCCCACCUAAAGGCCUAGAGCACACGCUCAUGGUUUUUCAUCCCAGUUUAUUCGGUACAACAUUAAUAUAGGUACAUAAAUUACACAAUAACACAAUAAUCUUCUUCUUUGUCUCCACCUUAUCCUACUAGGUAAGGUCGGUACAGCGAAUUUUUUUAUUCAAU